CGGGUGACCUCAUGAUAUUCAGUCGAUUAAUCAACCACCGAAGUUGAAGCUUCAGUCAUGCGCUCUCCCAACUGAGCUAAAACCGCUGUUGGAAUCGUCAGGCCCACUCUUCACUGUAUCCACCGCUGGUGCCCUGUUGUUCACCACGGAGACCUCUCCAUUUUUGCCCCUCUUUGAAACCGUUUGUCGGAAACCAAAAACCGCACCCUGAGAUCUCUUAGAAAUGCCCCUUGUCGUUCCUCACUCUGGGCCCCGGGUCAUCCUCGGGUUGAUGACCUUUGGCCCCGAUGAGAAGGAAGGCGCGCGAAUUACCUCGCUCGAUGAAUUCAAAAAGUGCCUGGAUUGCUUGACGGCCAAUAAUUUCUACGAAAUCGACACCGCGCGAAUCUACGUUGGAGGCCAACAGGAGGCGUUCACUGCCCAAGCCGGCUGGAGGGAUCGAGGCCUCAAGAUUGCUACGAAAUGGUAUCCGCGCAACGCCGGUGACCACAAGCCCGAAGUGAUCCGCCAGAACUUGGAGAAGUCUUUGAAGGAAUUGCAGACGGACUGUGUCGAUAUCUUCUACCUACAUGCUGCUGACCGCUCCGUUCCGUUCGCUGAGACCUUGGAAGCCGUUAACCAAUUGCAUAAGGAAGGGAAAUUUGUAGAAUUGGGCCUGAGCAACUAUACCGCCUUCGAAGUGGCGGAGAUUGUCACAAUAUGCAAUGAGCGCGGCUGGGUGCGGCCAACGAUCUACCAGGGCAUGUACAAUGCAAUCACACGAUCCAUUGAGACCGAAUUGAUUCCUUGUUGCAGGCGAUACGGAAUAGAUAUCGUCAUUUACAACCCACUUGCUGGAGGCCUAUUUUCGGGCAAGUAUAAGACUGCAGAGAUUCCAGCUGAUGGGCGAUAUAGCGACGUCAACGCACCCACUGGACGCUUGUAUAGAAGCCGUUAUUUCAAGGAUGCUACAUUUGAUGCCCUCAGAAUCAUCGAGCCAGUUGCACAAAAGCACAACUUGACUUUGAUUGAAAUUGCGCUGCGCUGGGUCUGUUACCAUUCUGCUCUGAACAUCAAGGACGGCGGCAACGACGGCAUUAUCGUCGGCGUUAGCAGUCUCAAACAACUGGAAGGAAAUCUGGCAGACAUUAAGAAGGGCCCAUUGCCUGAGGAGGUCGUUGCUACGCUGGAUGAAGCAUGGCUUGUGGCAAAACCCACGACCACAAAUUACUGGCACAAGGAGCUUAAAUACACCUACGAUACGACCAAAGCUCUUUUUGGUCCCAAAUAGAUGAUCAAUCACCAUCUAGAAACCCAUAGCUUACCUUAACAGUUGCCAAUCUCUCAAAAGAAUUGCAACUUUUCUCUCCUUAAUGCUUUUCGUCCGAUUCAUAGUGGUUCGUCGACUACGGAUCAGGGAAUCCCGUUGAGUUUGAAUAAUGACGUAACGGAGCUUAUACCACGUUUGCCAAAUAUCCAAGCUUAAUUUGGAUACGCAAAAAAAAAAAAAAAGUCAAGCCCU